UCCCGCUGAUCUAAACGCAUAUACGGUGUACUGUGUUUUUAUUACUAUCUGUCAUCCUAAGAUCAAACCCUUCUUAACGUUCGGAGCACUAUUGUUGUUGUUGUUGGAUUUGCUUUUAAAGACUCAUUUUUGUGUAUGGGCUUCGAACUCACCAGCUUAAACUAUUAAUCCAGACAAGAACAGUCGAGAAAUAAUGAUGUACAACGAACGCUGGUCUGAUUGCACAUUCAUACAAGAUCCAGGAGCUCUUCAGCAUUUUCAAACACCAUGUGACGACCAUUCCGACAUCGGGGGAUUUCGCCCCGUAAGAGCUGGACUUUCACCGAGUUCGACGACGUUCGGACACCCCAUUACCUUACCGCUAGAAGUACCUUCAAUACCCGCCUGUAACUUCCCAAGCCAUCCGUCCUUCUUCUACGAAAGCAACGAGAUUUAUCCGGAAACGUCAAGUAGCAGAGUCUACCCAGGCACGGAGUUUCUUCCUUCCUACGCGUCAUUGGGUGGUUUUAAUCAUGUGGGGCUAGAAAUUCCUGUUAGUUCCUCAAUUUUGACAGGAACCCUCGAUACACAUUUUAACGCCUCGGAGCUGCCAACACACAUACCGCCCACUACGGUGAAUCUUCCGGAACAUCCACUGGUAUUAACAACGUCACCAAGGCAGUCUCCAUCGACUCUUUCGACGGUAACACCACUCGUUUCUCCGUUACCUAGCAACACGGGUCCCGUCUCUAACAGAGUUUGUCAACCUGAGGAGAUUCGUCUGAGAUAUGGAAGCCCGUCGACCGCCCCAUCGGUCAUUAACGAAGGGAUAGGCGCUGGUGAUGAUAGUACGAAACCGAAGUUGGCAGAGGAAGCGUGUGACUCAACCGUAGGUUCUGAGUCAGACAGCCACGACAUCAAACAGUCUUCAGUUGCUUCUCCUUCAGCUAGUCAAACGGAGAAUAUUGAACAAAAACCCGGGAACAACAGUAGUUCCUCCAAUGGGCAACCACAAAAGAAACGGAAAAGACGUGUCCUUUUUUCCAAAGCCCAGACAUAUGAGUUAGAACGAAGGUUUCGACAACAGCGCUAUCUUUCGGCCCCUGAAAGAGAGCAUCUGGCGAGCAUUAUACGACUCACUCCAACGCAAGUUAAAAUUUGGUUUCAAAAUCACCGCUACAAAACUAAGCGUGCUCGACAAGAAAAGGGGUUGGAGCUAACCCCCAUGCCCUCACCUCGUCGUGUUGCAGUUCCAGUCUUAGUAAGGGACGGUAAACCUUGCCAACCACAGAUGAAUGGCAAUUUUGUCAAGCCUCAAGAUCCAUUACCGUCCGUUGUUCCAAACAUGCAGUCAGGUAUGAAUGUUACCAUGGCAACUGCAGAUCUUACAUCCAUGACCAGUAUGGUUGCCGCUGCAGCAGCGGCAUCUAGUAUCAAUACUUUUAAUAUGAAUAUGAUGCCCACUUAUUCACAUCCUAUAAUUCGACAGACACCUUGGUGGUAAAAUCCAACUAUUAUUUUCGUCUAAACCUAUAUAAAUAAGGUAUUAGUUUAGCUUAUAUGGUUGCACUUAUCAUUAAUUCAUCUUUAUUGUUCCGUAGGUCAUGAACCAUUCCUUUCACCUUACAAGUGAUAUUUCUGUUGUCUUGUUUUCUGCAUUUAUACUACAAGGUGUUUUAAAAACAAUAAGUUAAUUUUUGUUUAAAUGAUGUUCUGAAGAAGAAGAAUUUUUCCAGUAAUUCCACAUAUCUUUCCCUGAUAAGGUUACCUUUAUUACUUCCGCAAAAUAUAAAAUAUUUAAGGUUAAAAAGAUAGCAAAAAACUUAACAAACUUGGAACAUCUAUAUUCCCGAAAUGGUGUACUCUGAAUCACAAUGACAGAGAUUUUGAACUUAAUCGGUGUAGAACCACAUAGUUCUCACAUAGCUUUUAUUUUUUCAUAAAAUCAAAUAUAUGAAAAAUUUCUCUGAGCUUUAAUAUUACAAAUCUGCAGCCUUACGAUGCUAAAAAAAUUGGGUUUAGAUACCCCUGGUGGACAGAGCACAGAUAGUCCAUUGUGUAGCUUUGUGCUUAAUAACAACCAAAACCAAACUGAAUCUUACAAAAUCUACCUUGUUGAAAUACUCUUGGAAUGAAAUAUUUGUUCGAAUAACAUAUUCUUAACUGUACUUCCAAAUACAGAGAUUUGAAAAAGAUAAAAGGAAAACAACUUUUAAUAAUCGUAAGAAAUAAUUGACAUGAUAUGAAGUUCAAGUCACGCUUGAUAGCCGGAAAGCUACAGUUGUUAAACUUUGUUUCCUAUGUGCCUUGGCGUUUCACUUAGUGCCAUCUGCUGGUAAUCAUGCAAAUCACUAAAGAAAGCUGUGACUAUGUUCACUGCUUGAUAUCAAGUAUUUGUUGUUGAAAGAUAACCAUUCCUUUAGCGAUUUUACCACUACAGGUAUUACGCGUUCGACUUAAGGUACUAUUUGAAGAAAUACUAAUAAUUUCUAUUCGGGGCAGUAUUAUAAUGCAUAAAAACGUAUAUGAGUAUUACCUUAAAUCGCCCUUUUAAUGAUUAUUAUACAUUGAAGAACGCAUUUCAAUUGCGGAAUAGAAUGUUAUGACCACUACCCGAUAAAUCCAUAUUUCAACGUGAUUAAUAGAUGGCGCCCUCUGUGUAGUAAGUAUGCAUAAAUAUUAUUUGGGGUUUCUAAUUCCACUCUUCUUCGUUUUGGAAGCAAAGUACCUGUAUAGAUCAAAACUAAAAUCUAACUUAGUAUAUAAUGCUGUUAAUUUUACACACUAGUCUAACUGAUAGAAGGCAAUGAAACAAAACUUAUAAUGAUUAGAAGGCACGGGUGCAUCAUUACAGUUAAAGUACAGAGCACAUAACAUAUAUACAAAUUUGUUUUGCUUUUUAGCAAAGAAGAAGUUAAAAUGAGUUAAUUAUUCAAAAUUGUUGA